UGGAGAGGGAAAAUAAACUGCGCCGGGCAGUGUCACGUGGCUGGUACCUGCAUAAGCCUGGCUCCUGUUCCAAUGGAGAGAAAAUCCAAAUUGCCCAAAGGAGAAAGGAAAGAAUACCGGGACUAUGAGACUUUGCCUAUUUACAGAUACAGGAAGAAAUUAGUGGAAGCGGUUUGUGACAAUGCAUUUCUUGUGGUGACCGGUGAAACGGGGAGUGGAAAAACCACACAGCUUCCAAAAUAUUUAUUCCAAGAAGGGUUUGCCAACCAUGGCCUGAUUGGUGUGACGCAGCCGCGGCGAGUGGCUGCCGUAUCAGUGGCCCAGCGGGUAGCAGAGGAGAUGAACUGCCCUCUGGGAAGCAUCGUGGGGUAUCAGGUUCGCUUUGAUGAGUGCGCUUCCGAGGACAUCCUCUUCGGCUUGCUGAAGCAACUGUUCCAAGAGAAGAACCCCCCCGACAGGAAAAAAGCUCUCAAGGUGGUGGUCAUGUCGGCCACCCUGGACACUGACAAGUUUUCUGAGUUCUUCGGUGGCUGCUCGGUGGUGGACAUCCCAGGAAGGAGCUACCCAGUGAAGGAGAUCUUCUGUGACCUCGUGGGCCCGAGGGAUGCCGGGGGCUCUGCUUACGUGACAGAGACAGUAAAAGUGACCUUGGACAUCCAUUUGAACGGCUCGGCUGGGGACAUCUUGGUUUUCCUGACUGGUCAGUCUGAGAUUGAGAGGGCUUGUGAGCUUUUGUUCCAGAAGGCCGAAACCAUCGACUACCGUUUCGAUGUGAAAGACACCUCAGUCGAAGGCCUCCUCCUGCUGCCGUUGUAUGGUUCGAUGCCAACAGAUCAGCAGAGGAGUAUAUUUCUCCCUUCUCCCCCAGGUAUCAGGAAAUGCGUGGUGUCCACAAAUAUCGCAGCGACGUCUCUGACCAUUGAUGGAACCAGGUACGUGGUUGACAGUGGGUUUGUGAAGCAGGUCAACCAUAACCCCAGAGUGGGCCUGGAUACACUGGAGGUGGUUCCCAUUUCCAAGAGCGAAGCAUUACAACGAGCAGGCCGAGCUGGCAGAACAGCAUCUGGGAAAUGCUACCGGGUGUACAGCAAGGAAUUCUGGGAUGAGUGUAUGCCUGACCACAUGGUCCCGGAGAUUAGACGAACCAGCUUGACAUCGGUGAUCCUCACCUUGAAGUGCCUCGCUAUCCACGACGUCAUAAGAUUUCCAUAUUUGGACCGCCCAGAAGAGAGGCGCAUCCUAGAAGCCUUGAAGCAGCUUUACCAGUGCGGCGCCAUUGACAGGAGAGGCCACGUGACCAAACUGGGCGAGUUCAUGGUGCAGUUUCCCCUCCCUCCGACCUUGACGUGUGCGGUCAUAAAGUCCAUUUCUCUUGACGGCGAAGACCUUCUGCUCCCGAUUGCAGCCAUGUUGUCGGUAGAAAACGUCUUCAUCCGACCAGGGGAUCCCCAGAGGCGAGAGGAAGCGGAGCGCCAGCACCAGGAGCUGUCUUUGCAAGCAGGAGGAUGCGAUGACUUUGCUACUCUCCUGCAUAUCUUUGAAUGCUGCAAAUCGAGCAAAUCCCCUUCAAGUUGGUGUCGGGAAAACUGGAUCCACUGGAGAGCGGUGAAACUAGCAUUCAGUGUGGAACAGCAGCUUCGGGAGAUUGCCGGUAAACUUAAGCAGCUGCCAGACUUCCCAAGAGAACAUUUUGACGGCGCCAGAACUGAGCUCCUGAGACGAUGCCUUUGUGCCGGCUAUUUUGCCAACGUUGCCCGAAGGUCCGUAGGAAAGUCGUUCUGCACCAUGGAUGGCCACGGCAGUAUAGUCCACAUUCACCCUUCGUCGGUGCUCCACGAUCAGGAGGCCCAGCUGGAGUGGCUCAUCUUCCACGACGUCUUUGUGACCUCCAAGGUGUACGUGAGGACGGUGUGUCCUGUCCGCUACGAGUGGGUCCAGGACCUCCUGCCCAGGCUUCACCAAAUCGACGCUUACGAGCUGAGCAGCGUGGCGCGGGAGGAAGUGACCGAGGACGAGCUGGCCCACUGGAGGCGGAAAGAGGACCUCGCGAGGCAAAACGAAAGCGCGACAAGCAAAUCUGGGACGAAGAUGGAGAGAAGAAACGACGAUCAGUCAAUACUGGAUGCUCGCACACGGUACCUGGAGAGGAAGCGACAGAGAAUGCAGGAAUCAGGCACCCCUUGGAAGGAAACUAGCUAGCAGUCUCUGGGUCCUGGUUGGUGUGCUCAGGAUAGGAACCCAGCAGUUAAAAAACCUAAAUGACAGUGCUUGUCAUCGGAUUUCCCCAUGGAUGUGGGUGAAUGUGUGCUGUCCUCCUCUUCUUCCUCCUGUUGGGCACAGAGCCAGGUUAGGAGGUGGCUUGGAGAAGUGGGUGGUACCUGCUGUCGGGUGACUUGGCUUUCCUUGAACAGGAUUGUCCCGUGAUUGAGACAUCUCUGCAGGGGUUCCUCUGACUGAAUGCUGCAGAAUAGGGGGCAGACAGCUGCAUGCGUGGGAGGCAGAAGCAGCGCUGCUAAAGGUUUAGAGAGAGGAAGCCAUGACACAGGCAAAUUUGCUUUGCACACA